AUGGUCUCCACGGGAGCCUCCAUUGAAGUCAUCCCAACCCACCACGGACUGCAUUGUCUCAAGGUCCCGACGAUUCUGAAUGUUCUCAUGACGUCCCGCAUGGGCGAGGAGCUGUGGCGCAUCAAGGAAACGAUGUUUAAUGGUGACGAGGAAAUGCAUCGGGCCAUGGUCCACCUCGCCGACAUUCAUGCCAGUGAAAACAUUGAUGUUACCUGCGUUGGCCUCACACGGGUCAGCCUCUAG